CUCUAUUCUUAUGCCUAACAAUAUUUGGCAAGACCUUUCCCAUCCAGAGAAGGAUGUAAUAAUUGUUUACCCCUUCACUUCAGAGUCCUGUUUCUGCAGAUAUUUAGCCCCUGCAGUUUCAGGGACGUGGUCCCAGUCCGACUGCUCUAUCAACAUACUAAUACUGUCCACUAGAGGGCCCAACGGGGACAUAUCCAGUAUAGAUCAGAUGGCUAUCUUGCUUUGACAUUUACCCACUCAAAAAAAAGAAGAAAAAAAAAAAAAAGGCAAUGCACACGAGAACCUGAGACGCCGAACUUGAUUAUCUGGUCCAAGUUGAGUGGCAGUGGCUUGAACCUUAUGGUAAUGCUUAUGAAAUGCCGAGGGAAGUCCUCGGGAGAGUAAAGGCCGUGCGCUAUGUAAGGGGAGGAACAGGCUCUGCAUGCUCUCAGCGGUGGAUCGGUGUGUGUCGCACCGAUGAACCUUGGAAGCGGACAGUACUCGUAAAGGAAUACUUUUAAGUUUGUAAAGCGUAUGAAGUGAAUUCAUUACACGCAAAAGAAAGAACUGCAGACCGCUAAAAUAUGACCUUAUAGGGGAACGAAAAUUUAAUCCUCUCAAAGUGAACACGCAGACGAAGCAUGUCACUCGGAGUUAGUCUUAAGCCUAACCGUCCCGCUCGCCCACCAUCCCUUGACCCAUCAGUGGCGCCACCGACACCCCUACGGCCAGCAGGAGAUUCGCCUAUUUAUCUAUCUGUCCUGUCUGAGGAGCUCCCUGACCAGUGGAAUGCGACACCUGCCAGACCUGCACCCCCAGUCCCAAGGAGACCUGUUCCCUACAGAGAAGAUCAACCCGCUCAGAUCACCCAGCCUAAGAAUUUAAACGAGUACAAGGAGUCAACAGGCAUUAGAAACACAGAAGACCCGUUGCCCAGUAUAACCUCUGAUGCAAAGUGGGUCCUGUACAAAGAUGUUCUUUCUGAUGAGACCGAUUGCCCACCUCAGGACUGUACCACACCACAAAACCACCCACCUCCUCGGCCUCUUGCUCCACCUCGUCCUGCUGCUCCCCCUCACCCUGCAGUGAUACGACCCCGAAGACCCUCCCUGUCCGAAAGCACCUCAGAAGGUCCCACUGAGCACCUGUAUGAGUAUUUACCGGAUAUACUGCCAGACGCCCAGCUACAAGAUGAAGCAGGUUGGGCAUCUUCCAGCCCAGUUCUACCUGCAGUCCCAACAGAGGGGAGGCCUCAGCGUUCUUGCUCUAGGAAUGAGCAGUCUAGCGUAGAAGGAAACAGCUGCAAGGAGCUGCAGCUUCUGUUGGAUUGGUGGAGAAGUUUGGAAGAGUGGGAGCAACUGGCCAUGCACUAUCAAGGACAUGAAACAAAACUGCUGAUCACAGUGGUCCACAGGGUGAAAAUGGCAAUGCAUCUGUUUGAGCUGCUCAUGUUCGAGCACGGCCGGGUCCUGCUGAACUACAUCAUGGAGCUGCACUGCACUGCCAACAGUGUAGACAAGGUGAACAAGAAGAAGCGCAUCAUGGGCAUGACGGGGGGCACCACGGGAGCGGUGGGCGCCGUUGCCGUGGUCGCAGGCCUGGCUCUCGCCCCCCUGACCUUCGGUGCCUCUGUGGUAGCUGCCGGGAUCGGCGUUGGGGUCGCCGCCGCUGGAGGGGUCGCCGGUGCGUCCGCUGCCAUCACCGGCAAAGUGAAGAGCAGUCAGUUCCGGCAGAAAGUUGAGGGGAUUCUUAGAAACUACAAAUCCGAGAUGGAGGAUAUCGUGGGGUGCCUGAAGUUCAUCGAUGUGGGAAUGGAACACCUCAGGAUGCAGGACCACUUGGAACUAAAAUACAUGGAUGCUGAUGCCGUGAAAAUAGUGCAAAUGGCACAGGAGACAGAAGGCUUCGCUUCCAUAGACGCUGUUGCCAAGUGCGUGUAUGUACUGCAGGCCUUUGCCUCUGGGAUUGAUUCCUACUACGCUGAGGAAGACAAGCUGAGGCUGAAGAAGGACUCUGAAAGCCAGUUCGCAGGGGAGGUUCGUGAGGUUGCAGUCAGACUCAAAGAGGGCAUGGAUGAACUGAUCCGGGUUAAAAACCUGUUUCGCUCUGUAGUUCUGUGAAGCGUGUAAUUCUGUAAAGUGUGUAACUAUUGUCGGUAAUGUAGAAUGUCUCCUGACUUCCACUAUAAUUGUAAUUCCCUCAUAAAUGCAUUUAGGCACAGAUUAUAUAGAUAUAUGAUCCUCUUAAGACAGUCUAACAACUUCAAACAACAAUGUCAUAUAUUGUAAUGUCCAUGUGUGGUUCUCAAUUUGCGUUUUGUGCUAAUUUGCGUUUUGUGAUGAUGCAGAGCUUUGCUAUAUCUGUCUGGAAGAAGUAUGUCCAAGCAUGUCUAUCUGUUGAUUAAAUAUCUAAUUUUGCCAAAUCACAUUAGCCAAACUCAGUUCAGAAUAGGAUCCAUUACUUAUCAAUUGCUCAAGUUACCCAAACUACACUGCCUGCAUCAGUACAAUGUCAUAUGUGUGAACUAUUCUAGCAGUUUUUACGUUCAGGGGUGUGUGUGUGUGUGUGUGUUCAGUGCGUGUUUGGAUUGCCAUUUUUGUAUAUAUGGGCCUUUGCCCAUGUAUAUAGCUUUGUAUUGUUUGUAUAUAGAUUUGUAUUGCAUUCAUCUGUUUUGUGCAGCUACUAUAAAUGUCACUCCAGUUCACUGCAGCAAUUCCAGUUUUCUGUCCACCACUCUUUCCUCUCUGUCAGCCAAUAUAGACUGGUCAUAAAAUAAUUUUUUUAGAUUGAUCAUUAAACCAUGAGCUGAGAUUAUUCCACAUUCUGAAGAAUGAGUCACAACUGUUUUACAUAACACCCAAAGGCAUUUAGAGAUGUCUCAGCAAGUAUCUUUUUGUUUCUCAUACUGAAAUUAAAUUCUAUUCAUCACAUAUAGUCAGCACACACAGUACUGAAUGAUG